AUGCACAAAAUCGUCGUGUCUCGCGACCUUGGCCCUCAUGUCAUGCCCGUUCUACAAGAGAGCAAAGAUCUCUUCCUCGUUGUAUGCCCUGACAAUGUGAAGGAUAGACAAGCUUGGUUGCUUGAGCACAUCCCAGGCGCACAUGGCUUGCUCUGCAUGCUUUCUGACAAGGUUACGGGCCCUAACCUGAAAGUCGUCUCAACGAUGUCCGUUGGAUAUGAACAUGUUCACCUUCCUACUCUCGCGAAGAACAACAUUCGUCUCGGAUAUACACCCGAUAUCUUAACGAAUGCUGUUGCCGAUCUCGCCAUCAUGUUAGCACUGAUGGCGACUCGAAACGCAAAGGAGUGUAUGUCUGUUUGGCCUAACUCCCCUUGGACGCCCUUCGGCUUCUGCGGUCCUCAACUCAGCACCAUCCCACACGAAACCUCUCCAGGGAAGACCUCCCCAAGCAAGACAGUCGGGUUCUUCGGUUUCGGUCGUAUCGCACAGGCGACACUCGCCCGCCUCGUCCCCUUCGGCAUCCGCAAAUUCAUCUACACAGGCAACUCAGCCUCCACUCCCUCCCCCGCAACUCUCGAACGGGACGCCAAACUCGCUUCAUCAGUCGGUCUUCCCCCCGACGCAAUCUCGCGUGUACCACUCGAGACACUCGCAGCAGAAUCCGACGUGUUGUUUGUCCUCGCACCAGGUGGAGCAGGUACAUAUCAUGCCAUCAACAGUUCCUUCCUAGCACGCAUGAAACCCACGUCCGUCCUCGUCAACCCAAGCCGCGGGACUAUCGUCGACUCCGACGCACUCGCCGCCGCACUCCGGGAAAACAAAAUCUGGGGUGCGGCGCUUGACGUCGUCGAGGGUGAACCACAAAUCACCGCGGACCACCCACUUGUCCGGGAACCGAAGUGUGUGGUGCUUCCGCACAUCGGUAGCGCCACCACAGAGACAAGAAUUGGGAUUGGUCGAUUGGCGGCGUAUAACGUUAUUGGUGGUGUCCUUGGUGAGGAGAUGCCAUCUGAGCUUGAGCUCGAUAGCCGUGCUUAG